GUGGAAGCUUAAAGACAGACACUGGCAUGGACGGCAACGCGCCGCCGGCCACGAUUUGGUAGUCGCUGGUGUAAAUACGGUACUUUCCCCUCCCGCCUUCCACCGACUCGUCGUCCCCUCUUCAUCGUUCAGCCGGUGCUGUACGCUCUGCGUCCGUUUUAUCGUGAGACGCCGUGCGAGACAUGCCACAUCCUCGAGGAUCGCGAUAACGAUGGCAUCGCCCGACGAGCCGCUGGACAGGAUCGAGUCACGUUUCGUACGUGCCGCCGACGAGACCGAAUGGGUCCCGUUAUCUCUAACGUUGGUGGAGUAUCCACAAGGGGAUAUCUUUGGGCAGCUUUUGGCUGUAAUAAGUCUAAUGCCCUUCGCCAUUUUAACUGGCUUUCUCACGUUGAUACUUUUUAGGAGAGAUUUACAUACCAUCAUAUUUUUUAUCGGAGUCAAUGUCAAUGAAUGUAUAAAUUAUAUAUUAAAAUACACAAUUCGUCAAACGAGGCCGAUGAAGAGAGAUGGCCUGUAUAUCGAAUAUGGCAUGCCAUCUACACAUGCACAAUUUAUGUGGUUCUUUGCUGCAUACGCAACACUUUUUAUAUACUUUAGGUUAAAUUACAACUGUACGAUACUUGAAAGAUUUUUGCGGACAAUAGUAGCGAUAGGAUGCAUCUUCGCAGCUGGAUUGGUGACUUAUAGCAGAGUGUAUCUGCUAUACCAUUCCAAUACCCAAGUAUUGUGGGGUGCGUUAAUUGGAAUCGCACUAGGAACAGCGUGGUUCAUAAUCGUGCACACGAUCCUGACACCAUUCUUUCCCAUAAUAGUCUCGUGGCGAAUAUCGGAGUUCUUGUUGCUGCGCGACACAACGCUGAUCCCUAACGUUUUAUGGUUUGAGUAUACGAAUAUUCGUACGGAAGCUCGGGCACGAGCGCGAAAGUUAUCGGCAAUUGGGAGAUCGCAUUGACAACCAAUUACGGUCGGACAAUAGGCCGAUAGCGUAUAAUAAAAAUGCUUUGAUAAUGAACGA